CGCAGUAACUUUCAUUUGCGGAAACUUAUUUUUGUGGAUUGCUGGAAAAACAGCAAAAAUCGCAAACAUUAGAACCUGCAAAAAUGUCUUGCCACACGGUCUUACAUAUUUGCGCUGACAAAAUAUGGAUGCGGAAUAUUGUUUUGUUAUUUGACAUGCAGGAGCAGCUCCACUAAGCUCACAGAUCAAGAACAAGGGGACAAGGAAGAGAGCCGUAUGUAACUGAUUUGGUUCCGUUUUCACUAAUGGAGGCAUCCCCUUCUCUUUUCCAUCAACAACUUACAUUAAUUUUGAACUUGCCUCAUAAAUAUCUACAAUAGGCAGGAUAGGGACAUAAUGGACCGUUCGACUCUAUUUUUGUUUGUUCUUACGUCGACAGUGAUGUUUAUUAUAGAAUGCAGUAUCUUUACAGUUACUUCAUGGAUCCUGGGUAUUAGCGAUGAAACGCAGCCGGGUUAACGGGACCUUCAUCAGGCUAGUGUCAUUUCUUGCUUGUCUGCUGUUCACAAACUUGAGCUGGUGGUCUGAGAUUUGUCAAGGAGAAUUGUGCUGAAAGAAUUUCACAUCAAACUGAUGCAAAAAAACACCACACCAAAAUCAAUCUCUCCCUUCUUGUAUCGAUAUCAGUGCAAUAACUAUAAACAGAAAAACGAAAGCAAGGAGGUCCUUGUUGAAAGACAAGCAGCCGAUGUUUCUACUGCAUUUGGUUUCUUAAUAUUCGCUUAAGUUUCUCUUUCUUUCUGCGGUUUUGCUCCAGUCACUUUUUCCCUAUUCUAAUCUUCCUUGAAUAUUUUAAAACGAGGUAAUUCUGACUCGGUAAUUGUUUUUUCUUGUGUGUGUGUGUGUUGCAGGUGGGCAUUUCUUGCAUGAUCCUCCACUUGGUUACAAUUGCACUCCAGCGAAGGCGGAAGAUCCUCCAAGUGCAGAGGCAUUAGAUCGAAGAAAUGAAAGUGAAUGCAUCAUUCCCGAAGAGGGAAAAAGUUUCUUUGGCAGUAAUGCAUCGAAACCAGACGUUCAUAUAGCGGAAGAACCUAUCUUCGAGAAGUUAAGUGAGUUUUUGGAGAGUCGCAAGAAUAGGAAAAGAAAGAAUAAUACUCCUGUCCAUUACGGUAAACCUCAGGAAGAAAAGAGAAGAGCUUUUAGCAGAAAACGCCCCAAAUGUGAGACUGCAUGUUUAGACGAACAAAGUGAUUUAUCACAUGAGGUAACUGAUUGUGAAUUUAGACGUUGUUAUAGAAAGAUAUCUCCAAAUUUACUGAUUGAACACCAAAAUUUGAAUUACCUGUAAUAUUUGUAUCCAUUUUAAUUUUUUGUUAAUUUUGUCGCGGUUACAGAAACUUACUGAAAGUGGUCACCAGCCGGCUAAAACUUCCAGACAUGUGAUGGAUAUUUCUCCAUACAGCCAGGAGAAAGACGAUGGCGAGGUCAGUAUUAUAAUAGUUCAUAUUUUGAAACCGUAAACAUUCUUGUAGUUGAUUCUUUGAUGCAAAAUACGAAAAGACGAAUCAUGCAAUACGGCGGCUCCCUUAAUGCUCGCAGCAGUUGCUGUCUUGUAAUCAAGAUGUUGAUUGUGACUAGCUAACCAAGUCAAACCAGCCAUUCCAGCAGUUCAGACUUUUAAAAGCAGUUAAGGAACAUUGUAGUUAUCGAUCAUAAUAUAAUAGGUGACAAAUUAAUCCGUAAUGGCCCGAAAUUUCAGCGUUCAUUUAUAAUUUCUCAUGUGAAAUGACAAAAUUGCCAUGGCCAAAACUUGAUCAAUUUCCCUUUUUAAUAUAGUCAAAUAAUGUUUUUUAGAUAGGGAACACGGACCUUAACACAAUACCAGAGGAAUUCAUGCAAAGUGGAAGGUUGAGCAAUGGAUGCAUGGAGGGAAAUGUCUCUAUUUCAAACAGAAGCGCAAAUAGUGAUGGAGGUGUGGUCAAAGAUACAUGUAGUGGCAUCAAAGCCAUAAUUAAGGACGGAAAUGUGGUCGAUGGUGAAAAUCACGAAACUGGGCAUUUUGAUGACUAUCACGGCGGAAGAAAUGACUUCCAACACUGUACAGCAAAGGAUGAUUCCGAAGAAAGUUCAGACGUCGAUGACGACGAAAUAGACACUUCAAGUGGUGGUAACGAAGACAAGGACAGAGUAGAUGAUGCUCCUCUUCCUGGAAAUGAUUAUCAUGUAAGUGAUAGCAAUGAUAACUUGGUUGUUAACGAUAAAAGUGUAGUGGAUGAUGUUUGCUGGAAAAAUGUCUGAUUUCAAAUCUUGCGAAAGCCGUGUAAAGUGAUUUUAGCUCUUUGGUGAUCUGAUAUAAAACGCGAAACUCAACUUUCAAACAACUGAUUAAAUAAACAUUUUCAUCAUUCCUUCUUUUUAGACGGAUGAAUGUUGGAACAAUGAUCAAAGAAUCCCUAUGUUUGAGAAGAGUCGAACCACAAGGUACACCGUUACUGAAGCACUCAGAAUAUUAACAGAAAGCAAGGCUCUUAAGUGUUCUAAGCAACCCCUAAAAGUUCGCGAGAAUGCGUCAUUCCUGAUAGAUUUAAAAUGGUUCAGCGCAUGGGAAGAUAUUAAGGCUGACAUGAACGGAGUCUACAAUAGAGUCCUACGUUGUGGGAUUUGGACUUUGAAACUUGAGGAUGGCCUAUGGUCUGUGGUUUCCCGCAAGAAAAUUCGUUUGACUUCGCCUACAAUGUUUCAUUUAGUGCUUAACUCAAAGGCAAAUAAGGCCCAACCAGCACUUGUGCGCUCACUUUUUCUUUUGAAAAACGCCGGGGGUGGAAUCGUGGGUGAUGCUUGUCUUUUGCAGUAUCACCUUACUAAUGGCCAAGAGCAAGUGAAGAUUAAUGUCCAAACACAUGGGAACUGUAGAAAAACUAAUCCAAAGCCUUUUCAGCCUAUGAAAAAAAGUUCAUUACGGGAACUACAGGAAGGCGCUUCAAGCAAACCUUCAAGACAAGUAUAUGACGACCUCCGUCAAAGUUCAGGUGGAAUCUGUGGCUCAAUAUCCCUAUGCGACCUACCGCGCGGCAGACAUCAAGUUUACGAUGCCAAGUCGAAAGCCCGUGAGCGAGGUAAUGAUGAUGUCGGUGAUCUCUUAAAAUAUGCCCGCGACAAGGAAGAUCUUGUACUCCACCAUUCCGAUGUCCCUGAAGAUCUGUGGGUGCUGGGGACGUCUUCCAUGUGCUCUGAAUUAGAAAGGUCCACAAGUUCUGACAUUUUGAGUCACCCUUUUAGUGUCGACCCAACAUUCAGUCUGGGCAAGUUUGAAGUAACCCCGUGGUGUUCAAAAACCUUCUUCUCAAAUCUAAGCGAACAGGAGGAAAUCCGAUCUUCCUAG